UGUCACACUGCUAGACUCUCAGUUCUCAAGUUUUCAUAUUAGAGAGCUGUUACAAAAAUCCCUUGAUCAAAUUACCAACAUUUUGGGAAGUUUCUGACUGUAAAGCAGAAAUGUCGACCGACGGAACCGAGGGGCCACUUCUCAGAGCUCAAAGUGAGCAAACUACAAUCAACAUGGGACCUCGGGGAGGCAGAUCUAACAGUCGGGCCCUGAAGGUGGCAGGAGUGACUCUGUUGGCCGGGAUACUGAUCGCAGGUCAGGCCUUCACCGCCUACAUGUCGUACAACCACAGAGAGCAGCUCAACACCCUCGAGAGACGCAACGACCGCCUGCAUGAGCUCAGCCGCAAGUUUGUCAUGCGCAGUCAAGGGGUUCCCAUGAAAAUGCAGCUCCCUAUGAGCUCCCUCGCUCUGACGCUUGAGGACUCGCCCAAAGACAAGGAUUCCCCUUCCUCAUCUCCCAAACCAGAGCCCAGUGUCCUGUCUCAGUGCCUGAAGGAGGCCGCCGGGGUGGUCAAGAGUCCCCUGCCGUCCUUCCGCCCCAGGUGUGAUGAGAACGGGGACUACCAGCUCAAGCAGUGCUGGGAUGAGACUAAAUGGUGCUGGUGUGUGGACAAGAGCGGCGUUCAGAUUCCUGAUUCGAUGACCGAGGGUCCUCUUCAGUGUUCCGCUGAUGCUGAUACAACAGUGAUGGAGCCUCUGGUGGGAAAAGAUGGCCACUGAAGAAGAGCAGUGAAGAAUACUUCUUAAAUAUCACAAUCUGGUGUCUUUAUCUUUAUCAUCUUUCACAUUUACUUUAGAAUAAUAGCUUGGUUUGAGGUAAGCAUUUUAGCUAGAUAUUUUGCUGUCGUGAAAAUCUGAAAGUUAAUUGUGCUUCGUAUUGUACUGGUAAUAAUGACAGACUUUAAUAGAUCAUCUGUAGCAGUGUUGACCUUUUAUAAAAAACUUUCACUUUAAUAAUAGAAUUGUACUAUUGUUGUUGUUUUUUAACUAACAUUUAAUUGAAUAUUCAUAGACUGGUUGAUGAGAGAUAACUGUUAUAUUGAAGGAUGGGAAAUGUAUAAUGGAGAGCAAACAGAGAUGGCCAAUAAACAUAAAUUCUAACCAUU